GACAGUGUCCACAGUUUCUGGACAGAACCGCACUUGUGACAAAGGAGACAUUCAACAAUGCUUCCAAGAGCUUCCUUUGAAGAGGCUGGCUCUUCCUCUCCCAGUACCACAGACACGUCCACCGCCCCCAUCAGAAUAGCUCUUCCCUGCGCCCGGGAAGACGACCUCACAGCUGCCCGGGGCCAGCGGCCCUGGCUGUAAGGGAGCCACAGAACCUCAGCUAUUUAUAGCCCCCGCACCACUCCCUCCCCAGGCAGCUGCUAACUUUGGCCUGAGAUUAGAGGAAGAGAAGAAAGACAGAUCCCCACACAAAGGAUAUUACAAUGUCCAGCUCCGAUGACCCGCCCGACUACCCUGUCAAUUCAGACUUAGUGAGGAGACUGAAGGCCGCCCUGGACGCCAACGAUGAGCGUUCACUGAGGGAGCUGAUCGGCUCGGAGGUGGAGCCAGUGGACGCGGUGAUCGAGCUGGCCAACGACGACUGGAUGAAGGACCCCUCGGCGCAGCUCCCGUCUGGCGCGCUGCUAGGAGACCUGGACCAUAUUCAGCCUCUCAUGGACCAGUUCUUCCAGGAUGCCAACAUAGUGUUUGAGAUCAGCAAGGAUGAGAUGGAGUGGCAGGUGAAAUCCCCAGCUACGUUUGGGCUGUCAGGCCUCUGGACCCUGGAGUACAAGCGGGAGCUCACCACGCCCCUGUGCAUCGCAGCAGCCCAUGGCCACACCGCCUGCGUGCGACACCUGCUCUCCCGCGGCGCUCACCCCGACGCCAGCCCUGGAGGCCGCGGGCCCCUGCAUGAGGCCUGCCUCGGGGACCACACGGCCUGCGCCCGGCUGCUGCUACAGCAUGGCGCCGACCCGGACCUUCCCAGCGCCGAGGGCACCCUUCCCCUGGGACAUGUCUGCAGCCCAUCUGCUGCCACGUGCGCGCAGGCGCUGCUGGAGCAUGGUGCCUCGGUGCAGCUCCCGGGCGGCGCGGGCGGGGACACGCCGCUGCACGUGGCAGCGCAGCACGGCCUGGACGAGCACGCACACCUCUACCUAGGCCACGGAGCGCGCGUGGACGCGAGGAACCGCCGCGGCGAGACGGCCCUGAGCUUGGCCUGCGGAGCAGCGCGGAAGCCCGACGAGCACGCGCGCUGCCUGCGCCUUUCACACCAGAGGCUGGCGCAGGUGGCCAGCUACAGCACCAUGUGGGCUCUGGAAGGUGUCACACCAGGUGAACCCCAACCCAGUCGCCCGACAGUGCCUCUCUCUCCUUCCCACCAGGUGCUGAGGACCUGUGCGCCAGCCCCGGGCGUGAUCGAGGUCCUUUUCAACUCCUACGCUCAGCUGCACGUGUCCGAGUCCUGGAAGGAGAUGAUUCCUGACGAAGUGUAUCAGAUGCACGAGCCUUUCUACCAGUCUUUCUUCGCCUUGGCCCACACCCCGCGCUGCCUGCAGCAUCUUUGCCGCUGUGCCAUUCGCAGAUUAUCUGGAAAAAACUGCUUUCACCUCAUACCCCUGCUGCCCUUGCCCAAGUCCCUGCAAGAUUACCUACUUUUGGAGCCAGAGGGUGUUUUGCACUGAAAGAGCUUUGCAACCAAGGCUGCAGGUCCUCAUCUUGGCCCUUCAGGGAGGCCCUGUGGGGAAGGGAGGCCCUGUGGGGAAGGAAGAGCACCUGCUGAGGAUGGGGCACAUCUGCAUGGGCCUCCCGUGCCCCUCACUCCCAUGUGACCAGCGGAAGCACAAAGCUGCCAAGCCUCGGGUUUGCCUCAACAUGGAAUUGGUAAUGAACAUCCUUCCUGCAUCUCAGGAUCGCUUGUGAGGCUCACAGGACAGCGUGACUACUGCUGCACUUGCUGUUGCAAAGUACCUUUCAACAAAAGCUGAACUAAAAGGCAUAUGUCUUAGUAAGAUCUGUCCCUGACCCCUAAUGAACUGGCAGCAUGCCCACUGCCCCAUUGCCUGUGGACCCUCCACCUCAUAGGGAAGGCCUCCUACCCCCUCCUGGAGCCUGGCCACUGGGAGUGGGUCUGUGCCCAGAACAUGCCAGGCCCACCUGCUGAGAGCACUCUUGCUUCCAUGACAGGGCACCUCCCAGGAGCCUGUCACUGCUAGCAAGCACACAGCAAUCCAGCACUUUCCCAGGAGGACCUUAAAGGGGUGUUGAGUCAGGCUUUUGGUCCCAUAGGUGUCCUUUGUCUGACACCCUCAUUCAACCCCAGCAGACCCCUCUGGGAAGUAGCCUGGAAUGCACAGGUCCACGGAUGUUGCCCCAGCUCAGCUGAGCCCACACAGCAAGAGAGAGGGGCUCAUUAUCUAGGAACAUGUUGACCUUGUCUUCUGUUUGCUCUUUUCCUAUGCUGUGACAUCUGGGGCCUUGCUGACAUGAGGGACAGCCCUUCCCACUAGCUAGUCCCUAGAGACAACAGACAACUGGCCACAGAGCAUCUUUUCACAUGCAUGCCAACCAGGCCAGAGCACACAGCCACCUUCUUUAUUUGACUCUCACUAAGGGCCACUGUCCAUCUGUCCUGAUCACUCCAGGACCAUGAACUAGACAAUGAGGGACAGCUCCUAUGCCCGAGAGCCACUGAAGUAUUCACACUAACCAGACCUAAGCCUUGUUCCUCCCCCAUCUCCUGACCAAUGCUCAUUGGCCUGCAUGGCCCUGUGGCACGGUGAGCCCUCUUCUCUCGGGAACUAUGAGUGAUAAGCAGCUCAGUGAUAGUUACUCAUCUCUCAAUGUAUUGCCUUACUUGACCUAAAGUUUUCUAUCAAUACACUUGUGUGUGUGUGUGUGUGUGUGUGUGUGCGCGCGCGUGCGCGCUCUGAGGAUGGAACCCAGGGUUUCCCUCAUGUUGGGCAGGCACUCUGCCACUGAGCUACAGCCCCAGCCCAACACACUAUAUUUCAAAGCAAGAACUCUUUAUGGUCAUCAUAUGAGGAUAAGCAGUGGCCCCUUUGCUUUCCAAUUAAAGCCAGAGCAAGACCCCAGAGGCCAGGGCACACACUCCUACUGUCACUGUCUGGAAGCAAGUUCAGGCCCCAGGACGCAGCUAUAGCUUAAGAUGGGAUGCUGUGUGCACCACGGGUGAGUAAAGCCCCCUGGCAAGAGGGGUCCACCCAUGAGGUGGGCCACCAUGAAGGAGAAGACAGGCUGAGCCUGGGUCGAUGGUCACAUUUUGACACACUGGACCUUCCAAGAGAGUGAUAAGACAGCUUGUCAUCUUCCAGCUCCUCCAGGUGACCCAUCCCCAUCUCCAUCCCACCCUUUGAUAAUGGAUAACUGACCUGUCCUUCAAAGGGGAUAUGUAAACACUGUUUCCAGACCCCAGAGGCCCCCCACCCAAGUAGAUAACUCUCCCAGGACCCUCCAGGUGUCAUCACUGGACCCAAAGGAGAACUUGAAUGAUGUCGUUGGUGCAGGAAAGUGCAGGGCAUGAUGGAUGGACGGCCAGAAGAAAAGGUCCCCAUCCUUUGGCAGGUGGAAGGAAGCAGGGCUAGAGAUGGGGGUUACAAAUCAGGAGGCCCUGGGCCUCCAGAGCAAGGCUUCUGAACCUCACUGGACAGGUAUAAGGAACCAGAGGGCAGGUGACAGUUACAGUCAAAAGGUGAUGCUAGAAAGAUUGCUUUGUCCUGGAAGGGGAUACAGUACACUGGACAUUGCAUAGCCCAUGGUUAACAGCCUACAGAUGGAUUCAGAACUGUGUUUCUUCACUGAAGUGAAACCAGCUGCAAUUUGCUCACCUGGAAGGCAGCUCUCACUAGCUUAGGGACUCAUGAGAUGAAAUGGUAUAAGGCAGGUCUUCUGCAGCCCCAAGUGAUCUUGCUGAACUGUAUCCAGCCACAGGUGUUUUUUUAUACCUCCCCCCCAAAAAAAAACUGACUAAUACAAUGAUCAUGCAAAUAUUUUUUCAAGACCCUGCAUUCAGCUCCUUUGAAAUUCACCCAGAAGUGAGAUGUCGAAUCAGAUGGUAGUUCCAGUUUUAGUUUUUGAGGAAACUCCAUGCUGCUUUCCAUGGCUGCUACCCCAUUUCACAGUCCCAUCAACAAUGCCCCAGGGUUCUGAUUUCUCUACAUCCUCACCAGCUCUUGUUAUUUUCUGGUUUGUUGUUUUGGUUUUCCUUUGACCUUUGUUCAUUUAUCUGACUAACCCAGACUAACCCUUCCUAGCAGUUUUUGCUGGGAAUGGAGCCCAAGGCCUGGGUCUGGGAACUCUUCAGCAGCAAGACAGGCAUGGUGGCUGCCUGCCUUCUCCUGGAGCUCUUGACCAGGUGAGCAGGACAAUAUGUCCUAGGGCUGCUAUGAAAUAUGGGGUCUGUCCUCUCCAGCCAGCACCCUUGGUCAUCAUGGACCCAUGUGUGACAGUAACAGCCAUAAGCUGGCUCUCCUGGGAUGAGGGGCGUCCUCUAUCCCACCCCCAACUCUUCAGGAGCAUGACAUCACUGCUGCAAGAGAAUGGCCAGGGAGGAAGCAGGCUCUGAACAGCAGUCCUCCUGGGUCCUGGUGGCUGUCCAGACGCGCUACAUGCUGUCUCUGAAUUAUGACCAUGACUGUAUGGGGCAAAAUGGCUUGUGCACUUGAGGCUGUCUUAGUCAUCAAAUGAGGUACAAUUCAUUCAUAGUUUUGCAGAAUUUAAUUAUUGCUAGCAACUUACUUUGUUAUAGCCAAAUAAAUAAAAUAACUGACAAAAAAAAGUUGUUUCACUGACCUGUCUAGCUAUGCUCCAUGCUAUAUUACUGGAAAGUUCUAGAAUUACAGGAUUUGCAUAAGGAAGAGACUAAGAAGAAAGGGAAGGAAGAAGAGAAGUAGGGAGAAAGGAGAUAGAGAGGGGACAAAUUAGCUGAAAUGAAUAUUGAAAAAGAUAUUCUAUUUUAAGACCAGAAUUCUCUCAUUUGUAUUUCCUUUCCAGUAAACAAAAUUUACCCUGGCAUUUAUUUUUUAUUUUAAAAAAUCUAAAUUUUUUUUUACUUUCUUAGAUAGUCCACACUGAACGUCAUUUUUCUUGUUGCAUAUAUAGCAUAAAUUGAUUCUGUGAGGUCUAAAUUGUUUUCUUUAAUUUCACAUUUAGUUUUUAAUGGUACAUUCACCUGGUUCAAAAUUGAUAAGGUAAUAAAAGAGUGAAUGGCCCCUUUACCUGCUGCUUCUACUAAAAUGAAAAAAAAAAUGGCCAAGGCAUGCUUUUCUUCCUACUUUUAUCAAAUAUCUUUGAUUAUGACCUGCAUCUUAACACAAGGAUCCAAAAUUACCUAAGUGAGGUUCUCCACCAACACUGGUCCUAGAGAGGUGGGCUUCUCUGGUGCACCUAUCCCCAGGACAGGAGCAAAUGUUCACAGCUGGACCCCCAGACUCAGGGCACAGUCCCCGGGCAGUUAGUACACGGGCUGGACACUGUGUGACAUUUUAGGGUUAAAAUUUCAAAUGCAGCAUUAGGUCUAUUUUUUAGUGAAUUUGUGUCAGUUUAACUUUAGGUUACUUGAUAGCCAACAAUUCAGCAGGUUUGGUAGAAAAUCAAAGCCACUGACUCCCUAGGUAUAAGGAGGAUUUGCUAAUCUCAGUAAGUAUAUAAUCAUCAAAUUUCCAAUCUCCGAAAUAACCGGUUAGACCAACAUGAUGGGACAGGCUGUUGAAGUUUUGCAGAGAACACUUAACCCUCUACAGAAAUGGUUAAAGUGCAGACUUGGAGAAUGAGCUGGUCUGCUCCAGCAACUCAGCCCCCUCCUCGAAACCCUGGGCUCUGAGAAGGCCCUCGGUCACUACAAUUGCAGAUGCUGAUUGCUUCUUACCUCUUCAGGGUAGCUCCCAGGACCAAGUGAUAAACAGAGAAUACUUCAUCUUUUAUUCCAUCCCUUCAAGGAUAAAUUAUUCCUUUAGUCCUAUUUUCUAUAUGCCACUGGGAUAUUCAAAAGCCCUGGCAGUACAACUCUGAUCAAUGCUGUAUCUUAUUUCUCAGACUUAAGCAUAGUUUGGCAGCAUCAAAAUACUUUUUAGACUCCAGGAUUUAUCUUGAAGUUGUUAACAUCCUUCUAUGUUAAAACAAAAUCAAUUUCAUUAAAUUGCUAAAAUAACCCAAAGCCCUUGGGAAGAUUUUAGAGGUGUGGAAAUUCCUUGUCAUAGAGUCCUGCAGGUGGCGCCAUCAGCAAACGGUCUGACCCUCACCCUCCAACCUGCUCAGCCCAGAAAGAAGGGAGGAAGAGAAGAAAACAAGGAAGGACUUUAGCUCCCAUGAUAAAGGGAGAAGAGCUCUGGAAGGCCAUGGAGUCAUAAAGUAUCAUCGAGAACUGUGCUGCUAUGAUACAAAAUUCAGUAAUUAAAAUAUUGAUUAUGGAAUUGCUUGCUUCCUUUGUAUUAAAUAUGUGCAUUUUAUAGGCAAUGUGUUUAUAAAUAAAUAUAAUUUUCAGUUGA